CAGCAAAAUCGCCGCCGCUGCCCCUGGCUGCCCGUUCUUUUUGUGAAUUUUCGAUUGUAUUGUCUCAAAGUAACUUAAAUUUUAAAGAGGAAUGUGCUCUUAGUCUAUACUAAUCUCGUCUGAAGUUGUAAUGAUACAGUGCUUCAUUUAAUAUCAUUGUUUUUCUUCUGAUCCUAAGUUAGUGUUCAGCAGUCGCAUUGGAUCUCUUCUGGAAUCGCAACACCAUGGAGUUGGUGUAUUCAAUUUUUUCCAAGCCGACUCCAAAAGUAGAGGGUUUUGAGAACCGAUGUUUAAGGUUCAUCGAAGGAAAAUCAAUAGUUCGUUUAUCAACCAGAAAUGUCGUUGCAUGGAGCACACAUGUUGAUCUAGACGAUUCCAGUAACAAACCGUCUGAGUACAACGUUUAUGUAGCAGAUCUGAAUGUCCCAUGGCAUCAUCACAAGGUAACUUCUUGUGAAAUGUUUGUGACUGCUUUGGAAUGGGAUUUUUGCGGACUUCUACUGUUGAUUGCUGAUGCAUCUGGUCAAGUGGGUAUCUGGGAAUUCAAAGAUUUUUCGCUAAAUGAAUGGGUUUGCGUUGGAACUGUGUCAUUCCAUGGAGAAUACAUUAUUGGUGGAACAUUUUUCCACAAUGGCAAAAAAAUGACAUUGUUUGCAGACAAGAAAGAUGCCGUAACGUAUACAGACAAAUUUGGAUUUUUAAGGUUUUCACCAUCAGUAAAACAGACAGGUGGCUGUUCAAUGGUCGGUUGUUUGCUGAUUAGCACAGCAGGAAUAAUUAGCGCAAUUGUUUUUCACGAGAAUGAAUUGGUCAAGUCGUCCGAAAUUCUCGGCCCAAACAAACUGAACAUCUCUCUAGUAGAUGUUUGCUAUGGCAAGAAUGGGCAUUUCAUCGUGGUGGUAUCCAACGGGAGCGCUAAUUGUGCCAUCCAAUGUUAUCGUGUAUCAGUUCAAUUCAUAGAUGAAAAGUGUCACAUUACAAGUCAAGCAUUACCAAGUUUUCAUCUCCGCGCUUCUUCCAGAGCUGAUAAUGUUUAUACAAACAUUGAGUCGCUGAAAUUUGUUGUCAGAGAGGAUGCCGAUUCUCUUGUUGUGGCAGCUAACGGUAAAACUGGCUCAUUGUUUGAAAUAUGGGAAUUAUCGGAGAAAAAACUGAAUAUCCAUUCCAUGUUCUCGUCCACCUGCACAUUGGAUGAAACAACUGAGGAACCCAGUAAAACUUAUCUGUGGGAUUACACUUCUUCAUACCAAUCAGACCUCGCAAUUGAAAGUAUCACAACAUCUAAACUUUGCAUGUCCAAUUCAUCAUCAUCAGCAAACAUAAUUGUAGCUUUCAGUGACCUGACAGUUCAGUGUUUCCAACGGGAGCCAAGAAAAAUUAAAAAGAUCUCGCAAGGUAAUUUAAAUCGGCAGCCAGGCUCAUGGGAUCCGCUUAACUCAAAAAGGAGCCGACAAGACAAUCGUGUAACUUCAAUGGAGUUGAGUUGGCUAGGAAACUUACUCGUUGUCGUCGAUUCCAUGGGACAGCUCUCGCUGUUCCGCAUAGUUCCUAAUGCUGAAUCAGGUGGACCACUAACCGUAAAUUCGGCAACAACACAGCUAGAGUUCUGUCUAGUCUCAGGCAUCGAUUGGUUCGACCUGUUGAUCUCCCUCCCUCCAGUUCUUCUGGAACCCAUUUAUGAUAAGCUGACCGAGAAUUUCAAAAGGCAGCCUCCUGCAAUCCAGCAAUACUACUUCUUAAGUCUUAUCAGCUUUAAAUCCUCAUUGUGCCGUAUGAUGCUCAGCGGUCAGACGAAAGCUGGCGAUUUAUUGUCGUUACUCAUGCUCUAUUCGGUUUCGACUGCUUUCAAGUCACUUCUGAGGCCGUCAGAUUUGUCAUCACCUGAUAGAGGACCUGCGGAGAGUGUAGCAGCAUUGAUGUCGGAGCAAUUGACAGACGUAGACAAAGUGCUUCUUCAUCUGGAGCCAAAAGAGUUUACCGUUGAACCGUCCACACUUCAAGCAUUGCAGCAGCUAAUUCAGUGGGUGGCCGAUCUGGCUCUAAGUCUCCUAGCACGAUUACCUGAACAUCAUAAACUACCCGGACAUGACCUGCUUUUAUCGGAUUUGAAAGCUCUGAACGUUUUAAGAGAACUGUUAGCUAUAAUAAGAAUAUGGGGUUUACUAAACCAGAGUUGUUUACCUAUAUUUUCAAAAACUGCAGAAAAUCUUGAUGUAUUAGUCUUGAUUUUCAAACUCCUCUCCCGCUAUGUGCAGUGCUCAGAACCAGAUGAACAGUUAUUAGACGAAUGCAGUGACUUACCAUACUUAGUGAGUGUUUCGGAGAUUCUUCGACCCAAGCCUGUGAUAGCGAUUGCAACGCCAAUACUUUUUCAACGAAAUCAACCCAUUCAGCUGGAGUUUGGAGUCGAACCUGAAUUCCUGAAAUUUGUACCGGAAGUCAAGAAAAUCCAAGAAGAGGUUUCAUCCUGUAAUAAAUAUGCUGACCAUAUUCGACAUUUAUUCUUGGGCACCAAGCCCGUGACAGUGAAACAGUGUUGCAGAUGCGGUGGCAGAGCUCUAGUUCAAGUGCAAGUUAUUCGAGUAGCAGCUCUCAGAGCAUGGGACUCCAGAUGGGCUCAGACAUGUUUGUGUGGGGGGCGAUGGAUGAUUCGAAAAAUUGAUGUUGAUCUCUACUAAAUCUUCUGAAUCGUUCUCAACCAUCAUUUCCAGGGGUUGGAGCCAGAGCCAAAGCCUCAACAUUGCAAAGUUUCAUCUGACAUCCUCUUUCUUCAUUUGUUUCAUUGUUCCCCUCGUGAAAGAAUGUAAAUACAUUGCAGUGUGCAAAAUUUCCCCUUGCUAAUUACUUUUUUACCAGGAGAUUCUCGAAUAUUUCUAAAUGAAAAUUUCACUUAGAUUUCUUCUGAUCUCUUCCAAAAAUUAGAAAUCUUUUUGGACGAAAAUUGCGCUGGCACAUUCUUGUAGAAAUUGAAUGGUUUGAGAAUAUGCAGCCUUUUACAAAACUUCCCUCCAAGAAGGAAAAUCACGGAAGUUUUGAAGAUUGACAGUUCUCCGUUUAAAAUAUUAAGCAUGGCAGGAAGUCUGCAACAUUGGAAACCAAAUGAGAUUGCUUCAGAGUUUCACUGUCGAUAUGCAUGUUUCAAAUUGAAAAUUUUGUAGUAUUUUCAUCUGUAAAAAGUCAUGAAGGAAAUUCACAGAAGAAAAUUAAAAGAAAAUUAUAGGUUACCAUAGACCUGAAGGUAAAUAAAUAAAAUGUCAUCUGAAACUCCAGAAUAUUGCAAGACAAAGUUCCUUUGGCUCUAGUACGUACAUUAGCGGUAAAUUCAUGUAAUAUUUUAAUGAACAUAAGACUCAUCUCAAUUUUCCAUGUUUUUUAGUCAUUUUUUAAGUAUUUGUGAUGUAUUGAAUCUUUCUAACGAUGCGUCUCUUGGGGUUUUAUGUCAACUUUUGUAGCUGAAAAUAACCAAAAAAAAAAAAACUAAGGAAAGAGAGGAAAGAAGAGAGUAGACUCUUGUCAUUGUUCAAUUAAUGGUAGUGAUCAAUGAAAUGAUUCUAGGUGUAUUUAUUAUCUUUUUCAGUAUUAAAGCCUAAACUUUCCCAGUCGAAUUCCUCAGAUGAAUCUUCACCUGGGGAGAGAAUGUUUUGAAAAUAUUUUAAGAAUGUUUCUAAGAAAAUCCUAGAGCAAAAUGACUAUAACCUGAUGAAAAGAAUGCAUGAAUUAGUCGUAAGCAAAAAAAGUGUUAGUGCUCUGAUAAAUGAACAUGUAUGUGCAUUGAAUAUACAAACUUGUGUAAAUAUCUAUCAAAUAUCUCAAACUAUUUGAGACUUGAAUUUAAGUAGAAGUAUAUCUAAAUGAUAUUUGAGUAACAAAUUUGUUUCCUAUGUUCUCAAGGUUAAAAUUUUAGCAAAAGUAACUUACCUGAUUCGCAAAGCAACUUUUGAAGGUUUUAAAUCUUUGGUGUCCCACAUACAGAGAGAUCGAGGCCUCACAUUACAAGAUGCCUCCUGGGUAUCCCAGGAUCUAAGGGAGGAUUUUUUUGGUAAAAUUCUUUAUUUGCAUUUUAUUAAUUACUGACUCAAUUGAAAGUCGUAUGAAUUUUUCAGUAGUUGUAAAAUAUUGUAAAAUAACGUGUACAUUUUGUAAAUUCGCACCUCUGGUUGAAUAAAAACUGUUUAUUUUUCCAAAAUGUA